CACCACCCUUCAGCUUCGCAACAUCAUUUCCUCGGCGGUGAGGGUAAAGUAGCAUUUCAUCAGACAGCCUUGCUUCUUGCUUAUUCACCUCAACUACUUGGAUCAACUAGUCGCUCUCCUCAAGAACGCUUGCUAGGCAGCAUGCAGCAAACCGACCGCCUGGCGACCACCUCAGCAAUGAGUUUCGCACGAUUGCCAGCGGAACUUCAGAUCGAGACCUUCAGCUACCUUGAGAACACGGACCUCAAAGCAGUACGCAGUGUCAGCACCUCCUGUCGCGACAAUGCCUCUCCACAUCUGUUCCGAAGCAUAAUCGCCUGCCCACGCUACCAAGCCAUGGGCGCAUUCCAGAACGUGGCCUUGCACCCAGUUUACCAAAAAUACGUCAAGGAGAUUGUAUUCGACGCCACAACUUAUAGCGAGAGGAUAGCGAAAAACGAGAAGCUCUAUCUCUUCUCGCCACCAGGAGAGGUGAGCUGGGUCCGUUAUUCAAGAUGGAAACGAUAUCAAGAGCUAUACCGAGAGCAAGAAGAAAUUAAAGAGGGUGUGCUCCUGCAGACGAUUGCCCGUGCUUUGGAGUGGAUGCCUCACGUGGAACGCAUUACAUACUGUCCAUAUCCGUUGCAUGUACCGGUUGAGAAGAAAUUGAUGAAGGAUCUCUUUGGGCGAGGUGCUGGAUACGUAGCGUUGGAACUGUCCAAUCCCGCGAAUUCUCACGGUUCCAUCGAACCUGAAAACGCCUUCCAUCACCUCAUUGGCGCAAUCUGUGUAGCAAAGUACUCCAAUAUUCGCGAGUUCCGCGUCGAGCAGGCUCAGCGCGACGUCUCAAACUAUCAGCUCACCUUGAGAGAGUUUUAUUUCGCAGGACCUGGCCAUCUCGAGGCCGGAAAGUAUUUUUUCCGCAAUCUACGCAAGAUUGAACUGGUCCUCGAUUUCCGUUUGUCUGAUGCAGUCCGUCGUGAUUGCUUGGCCAACUUGCGUGCGCUUCUCUCAGAAGCUAAAGACCUUCGUCAUCUACGACUGUGCGUUGAACCACGUCACUCUCUGCAGGGCCUCUACGGCUGGCUCUCCGAUUCGGAGAUCCAGUCGCCAUUCAGAUGCAUAGGCUUGGCGACAGAGUGGCCCAAAAUCCAGUCAAUUGAUCUCGGUCAAAUCGUUGCGACAGAAGAUGAGCUAAGGGGCCUUGUCCAUCGAUGGAAGAGCACGAUGACCUCGAUCAAGUUCACCAACUGUAUCAUCACAGCAGGUAAAUGGUCGAAUUUGGUAGAUGAGGUGGUCUAUGAUACAAAGAUCCGCGUCGUCGUCUUGAAUCGCGUCCAUGAGCAAUUCGUAUAUGGAGACGUCGUGUAUGAAACACUGUCAUCAGAGGAGCACGAGCGAUGGACGUACGAAGGGCAGGUCAUGGAAAAUGAGCAAGGCAUUCGAUACUUUUCGGAGCCCCCGGGUAAAUCCGUUUACGCGUGGCGUGACCUCUCGUCCGACGAAGCGGAUUCAUCAAUGGCGGACUAGGAUGGAGUGGAUUUGCAAGGCCACGUACAAUAUACGAAAUGCUCUGGAGAGCAGCAGAGCGUUUUCCACCUCUGCAUCAUUGCUUUAUGAUCAUCUUCGAUCGCUCUACCACGACUUAAGCGUUGUUCUCGGAUUUGAUUCGAUGGUUUCAUCCAAAGGGA